AUGUUUUUUUUAUCUUUCGCAGACGCCACGGACUUGUCCACGGAGGGCAGGCGACGACUCGACCUCUGGCGUGACGAUCUCUACGGCAGUCUACACGCCUACUGCACUACCGUGCAUCCGCUGGGAUCUGCGCGUUUCACGAAGUUGCUGCUGCGUCUGGCGCCCCUGCGUUCAAUCAGCAUGAAGUGUCUGGAGCACCUGGUGUACACCAAGUUGGCUGCUGAAGACCCCACCAGUCAUAAGCUUCUUGAGCUUAUUGAGCAUGGCGUUUGGCCUUCGCCCUCGCCACCACCACUCAGUUCGCCAUCGCCACCUGGUGAAGGCUCUGACGCUAAGAUCAAGCCGGAUUCAUCUGCUUAG